AUGUCCUCGGCCGCGACCCCGACGCCCGGCGGCGAGUAUGUCGCCUCGUCCCCGCUCAAAAAGUUCAAGCUCGUCUUCCUCGGCGAGCAGAGCGUGGGCAAGACCUCCCUCAUCACCCGUUUCAUGUACGACACCUUUGACAACACGUACCAGGCCACUAUCGGUAUCGACUUCCUCUCCAAGACCAUGUACCUCGAGGACCGCACUGUGAGGUUGCAACUUUGGGACACUGACCGCACCUCCUUCCUCAACACGACCAAGUGGGUCGACGACGUGCGCAACGAGCGCGGCGAGGACGUCAUCAUCGUGCUGGUGGGCAACAAGACGGACUUGAACGACAAGCGCCAGGUCACACCCGAGGACCUCGACAAGCGCGCAAAGGAGCUCGGCGUCAUGAGCAUUGAGACCAGCGCCAAGGCCGGACACAACGUCAAGGCCCUGUUCAAGAAGAUUGCCAUGGCCCUGCCAGGCGGAGCCACGACCGAGGGUGCUGCCGCCGCGGCAAAUCAGAAGAUUGACGUGUCGGCCGCUCCCGAGGAGGCGGCGUCGGCAUCGGGGUGCGCAUGCUAA